UUUUUCCAGAUUAAGCUUGAACAAGUCAGAAAAAUGUCCUUCGUCAGUAUCUUGCAUGGAAAAAGCUUUUCAGGGUCUGGCUGGUGUAACUGUGGGGCAACCCUGUCUCUUUUGGUUUAGGGAAGGCUUAGACCAUAGUAUGUUAUCUGCGGGAGGACGUGUGAAGGAACAGUAGUAGCAGCAACUGGAAGGGACUGUGCGAAGCCGGCAGCGAAUGCAUCCUGUCGGCAUGGGGAGGGUGGCAUGGGGAGAGGCUGAGAAUGGAGAGGGAGGAAUGAGAUCCAUGGUCUUUAAAGGAAAAACAACGGGAAAGCAGGUUUGAAAAUAGAAAGAUUAAGCUGGAGGGGGUGGGAGAGACGAGAAAAGUAGGUGAAGAAAGAAGAGGGGGAAAGGCAGAGAGGCUGUGGGGAAGACAGAAAGUGACACAGAAAGGGGGUGGAGAAAAAGAGAGGAAGAGAGAGAGAACCACAUUAAAGGAAUAAAACGAAGCAACUGAGAAGAACAAGGAGCCCAACUUAACUACAAAAAGGGAAAGUGUUAAAGCAAGGGAAGGAGACUGAAGACAAGAUACUGGAAAUCAGAGGCUGUGUCCAAUCCUCAAGACUUCUCACCCCUCCUGGUGAGCAGAAAUGGGGGACUGGAGUUUCCUGGGAGAGUUCCUCGAGGAGGUCCACAAACACUCCACAGUGGUGGGGAAGGUCUGGUUGACCGUGCUCUUCAUCUUCCGGAUGCUGGUGCUGGGCACGGCAGCCGAGUCCUCCUGGGGGGAUGAGCAGUCUGACUUCAUGUGUGACACCCAGCAGCCCGGCUGCGAGAACGUCUGCUACGACAAGGCUUUCCCCAUCUCCCACGUCCGCUUUUGGGUCCUCCAGAUCAUCUUUGUCUCCACCCCAAGCCUGGUGUACAUGGGCCACGCGAUGCACACGGUGCGCAUGGAGGAGAAGAGGAAGAUGAAGGAGGCAGAAAUAGAGGCCCGAGAGAUGAAGAACAGUGGUGACACGUACUACCAGCAGAAGUGCUCUGCGCCGGAGAAGGCUGAGCUGUCUUGCUGGGAUGAAUCAGGAGGCAAAAUCAUCCUCAGGGGCAGCCUGCUGAACACCUACGUCUACAGCAUUUUGAUCCGGACUGCCAUGGAAGUGGCCUUCAUUGUGGGACAGUACGUCCUGUACGGGAUCUUCCUGGAGACCCUGUACAUCUGCCAGCGGGCGCCUUGCCCCCACCCCGUCAACUGCUACGUGUCCCGUCCCACGGAGAAGAACGUGUUCAUUGUCUUCAUGCUGGCUGUGGCCGUGCUCUCCCUGUUCCUCAGCCUGGCCGAGCUCUACCACUUGGGCUGGAAGAAAGCCAAGGAGAGGUGCUCCCGCUCCUCCAAACCCAGCCCCAGCAUGGCCCCCGCCAGACUGGAGUCUGCCCCACAGGCAGAAAGGGCCCAGAUGUACACUCCCCCGCCGGAUUUUAACCAGUGCUUGUCGAGUGCCAACGGGAAGUUCAUCAGCCCCUUCAGCAACAAGGUGGCCUCCCAGCAGAACACCGCCAACUUCGCCACCGAGAGGGUCCACGGCCAGGAGGAUGCUGCUGGUGAAGGGCCUUUCAUGAAGUCCAGCUAUGGGGAGAGCCCGGAGGUGGCCAGUGAAAGCGCAGCACCCGCCUUCCCUGAGAACUACUUCAACGAGAAGCGCCGGUUCAGCAAGGCCAGCCGUGCCAGCAGCAAGGCAAGGUCGGAUGAUUUGUCUGUGUGACCUGUCUCCAGCAGGGGUGAGGAGAAGGGGCAGUCUCAGCCCUCAGCAGAACUCCUGCAAAGUGGACUCCAAACUCUUGCCGCUAACCUCUCUGUGUUAACACCCUCUCGCUCCUUUCCAGCGAACAUCAUGGUUACACUGCAGACAGCACCUCUCACAGCUUAAGGCAGGGACAGCCACUGGGAUACAGGCACUGAAGAGAGGCACCAAUCUCGGGAUGGGAAGCCCUCAGACAUGUUUUCGUCAUGGGACCCACAGGGAUUAGAGGUUCCCAUCCUUAGCCUGGUAGAGCACAGGCCAGCAGCCUCCUGAGCUGCCCAGUGGGUACCCACUGAGACACUGUAUUCAACAAACUGACUGGACCUCAGCCCCCUUACAUCUUCUUUGCUCUCUAUUCAACAUUCGCAACAUCAGCUUGGCAACUACGCUGACCUGAAGCUUCUCUCACCUGCAGGGAGCAGAAACACACACCAGUCGGCUUUCUGAAAGAAAGACUAUCUCAUCUGCUUUGUUCUGGCUCUUUCUAACCUUCCCUUUCUCUACCUGAGCCCAGAUAUUUUAUACCAGUUUACCUUACACAAUAAAUCCUACUUGAAUUUUUGGACACUGUGUAUAUAACAACUCUUCACCAUUAAUAAAGACAUCUGUGGUCCCCCCGGCACAGCUGCCUCAUGCCUAACAUUGGAAUCCCUUCCUCAUUCCCAAGUCAGGGCAGCAGACUGGCCCCAGGGAAAUCACUUAGAUGAUCAGUUGAUGAAGACCAGGGAAUUUUCCCAAGAUACUUAUGUCAUCAAUUCUAAGCAAGACAUCCAUUAUCAGAAGGACAGACUCUCCUGUGAGAACAGAUAUCUUCCUAGUAAAAAAGAGGAAUUAUCAUGUGGAAACAAAGUGGGUUCCCCCUUUUUAAACUCAUCUUUCAAGAAACCUGAAUGCUGCUGAAAGGGUGCUGCCAGCUGCCCACUUGAGAGAAAAGCAUCCUCUGUUUAUCUGGUACGGCCUGUGUCUUCUCACCAACCUACCAAAACACUUCAGCAUCUUUUGCAAGGAGCAAGAGGCUUCUCCAGGUCCUGCACAUCACACACAUCGUCGUCUUGGCUGCUCUCUCAAGCCAGUCAGCACAAGUCAUUUGUCCUCACAACAAGUCCCUGCUCUGCUGUCAGGUCAUCAUCUCCACUCCAUCCCUAGCACACGUGGCAUAAGAAAUCACCCAUGGGCUGGGUCUUUCCACCACUGUAGCCUCUCAGAGCAGUCGCUGGGGCCCAGCACUGCACAGUGAGUCUGGUGUGGGAAGUCUGUAGGCAGCUCCCAUUCGAGAUACGUUUUACCAGAGCUGACAUCCCUCUGGUAAAGUUACCUGCUAAACAGAGCUAAGCUGCUCCCUACUGUUUACCCCACGCUGCCCUUUCAGGCACAGGCCACAGCAGGGUUCCCAACACUGGACUGCACGAGCCAGUGGCCAGGGACCAGCUUAGGAAGGGACCGAGCCAUUCCCUCUCUUAGAGCCAUUGAAAGGCAUUGUGAGUCCUUGCUCCUGAUACAUAGUUAGCUUUGGUACAGUUUCCUGUACACAUACAUACGUGCUCACACACUCAGAGGGGGGGAAAACCAUUUUUUUUCCCGUUUGUAAAUUUUUAUAUAUUUGUAUUUUUUAAUCCCGAAAAGGCCCGUGUGUUCUCCUUAACAUGUGUUUUUAGUCAAUCGUGUCUAGGUUUCUCCUAAUAAAGUUCUAACUCCA